GCACGGCUCUCUGUGAGGAGGAGGAGGAGGAGUUUUACUGAGUCGAGAGUGUGUUGAUUCUGAAAGGAGGGCUGUGUGUGUGUGUGUGUGUGUUUUGAUUCUGAAAGGAGGGCUGUGUGUGUGUGUGUGUGUGUGUGUGUGUGUGUGUGUGUGUGUGUGUUUUGAUUCUGAAAGGAGGGCUGUGUCCGGAGACGAUGCGAUGAGAAAUAAGGUGCUCGGGAGCGGGACGGUGCGUCUGGAAGCAGCGGAGGGAGAGCGGGGCAGGCAGCGGGGGUUUCCGCCGCUCAGAGCCGAGGAGUCAUGCGCACAUCACGGCCGGAUCAUGAAGGGGCUCGCGUUCUUCCUCCUGCUGCCGGCGGCACUCAGGAAGUCCAGGAAAGCUGCAAAGGGCUCCGGCCGAGCGGCGAGCUGCCUGACCUCCGGCACUGCGCCCCUGAGGAGGCUCAAACCCGCCGCGGAGCUGCAGGAGGUCGGGGGGAAGAGCGGGAGCUCCGCGCUCACUCUGACUGAGCAGGAGAGCCGCAGCCCAGCGGGGCACAACCACAGCGGCUCCGGGGGAGGAACACACACACCGCCUGCACACACACACACCAACCUCCGCGACAGGAACGCAGUGAUGUUCAAUAACGAACACAUGGCAGAUGUGCACUUCAUCGUCGGUCCACCAGGAGCAACGCAGAAAGUUCCAGCACAUAAGUACGUCCUGGCUGUCGGGAGCUCCGUCUUCAGCGCCAUGUUUUACGGCGACCUUGCUGAGGGAGACUCCGAGAUCCAGAUACCAGAUGUGGAACCGGCUGCUUUUUUAAUCCUGCUCAAGUAUCUGUACAGCGAUGAAAUCGAGCUGGAGGCAGAAACCGUCGUGGGGACGCUCUAUGCAGCCAAGAAGUACCUUGUGUCAGCGCUGGUUAGUGCCUGUGUGAACUUCCUGGAGUCGAGGUUGGAGGCGGGGAACGCUUUUGCGCUGCUUUCUCACAGUCGUGCGCUGGACGAGUCCGAGUUGGCGCAGAGCUGUUGGCGGGUCAUCGACGCCCAGGCCGAGCUCGCGCUGAGAUCCGAUGGCUUCCUCCAACUUGACUCGGGUACGCUAGAGUGCGUCCUGCGACGUGACUCGCUCAACGCUAACGAAUCUGCUGUGCUGCAGGCGGCACUGGCAUGGGCCGAGGCAGAGUGCCAACGGCGUGGAACGAGCGCCACGGCUUCAAACAAGCGAGCCGUUCUGGGUGAAGCACUUCACCUUUUACGCCUACCUGCCCUGACGCUGGAAGAGUUUGCUAACGGCGUGGCGCAGUUCGACUUCCUGACUCCACAGGAGACGCGCGAUAUCUUCCUUUGGUUCACCGCAGCUGAGAAACCGAGGCUGGAUUUUCCCGUGUCACCGAGGACAGGACUCGAGCCGCAGCGAUGCAUCCGAUUCCGGUCCUCAGCGUACCGGAGCAAUCAAUGGCGAUACCAAGGACGAUGCGACAGCAUCAGGUUUGCGGCUGAUCGGCGCGUUUUCGUGGCUGGACUUGGACUUUACGGCUCCAGCAAACGGGAAUGCGAGUACGGCGUCCAGAUCGAGCUGAAGAGGCAAGAAGAGCUGCUUGCACAGAGGCUGACCAAGUUUGUCUCGGACGGCUCGAGCUCAGCGUUUGUCGUGUUUUUUAAGCAGCCGGUGCGGAUGGAACCGGACAUUUUCUACACGGCCAGCGCCAUUCUGGAUGGAACGGAGCUGAGCUACUUUGGACAAGACGGCAUGUCUGAGGUCCGCUGUGGAAAAGUCAACUUCCAGUUCCAGAGCUCGUCAGACAGCACCAACGGGACCGGGGUGGAGGCCGGGCAGAUUCCAGAACUCAUCUUCUACACGUGAGGACUUGGACCAGUCUGUUCUGGACCUGGAUUUGAGGAUACUCGGUUGCAUAACGAAGACAGUAUGAGGUACAAGUGAUUACAUUCUCUGGAUUGUUGACACCGGGACAGAAACGAGGACCGGCAAAUUCCCCAAGUCGUCUUCUCCACGUCAGGAUUUGGACUGGUCCAUUUCACAGAGAAUUACGGGGGUUGAAGAAGGUUGAAUUCCAGAAACAGGACUUCACAUUUUCAAAGGAAUGCUUUUCAAUCUUAUUUAUUUCUUUACACUUUUUGUUUUUCUCAUCAUGUCCAUCUUAAUUUAAAACCCUUUUAUUUCUUUGAUUGCUGUCACACAGAACACGCUGCCUGUGAAGAGUGACGUUGGUUUGUCCUGCUUUGAAAACCACGGUUCUUUCUAAUGGGUUUUAUUUAUUUAUGGUUUUUCUCAACGGCUUGAUGCUCGCUGAGAGAAUACGGAGGUUGAAAAUAUCUGCAAAGUUACAGGUUAGCAAGUU